UGGGAGACAGUGAGUGAGUGAGAGUGAGUGGGAGGGAGGGCGGCAGUCAGAAACAAGCAAACUAAUUCUCACCGAAGAACAGACAGUCGUGCCAGAGCUGGAGCUGCGGCUGGUUCACCUCUCUGACGCUCUGAACGAAGAAGCCUCAUCACCGCUGUGUUUUUCUAUUAUUUAGUUGUUGUUGUUUUUUUUUUUUCCUCUUGUUGCUGUUUUUUUUUCUUUUCUUUUCUUUCUUUCUUUCUUUCUUUCUCAUCUCGAGUCCGGCUGCCCAAGUAGGACCAAAGAGUUUCCAUUUUGGAUAAAGGGGGGGUGGGUGCUGCACACACACACGCGCCCACACUACUUCUCCAAGCCGCGACAAGUCAAGGUGAAUGCCGUCAUGCCAUUUGGGUGCCUUGCCCUGCGAGAUGGGCGGACUUACGAUAGCAUGUCUGAUGUCACGGACAAAUAUGAAAUUGGACAAGUCCUCCGAGCGAAGGAGUUCUGCGAGCUGUGCCUGGCUAAGGACAGACAAACAGACAAGGUGUUUGUCUGCAAGAAAUUCCUCAAGAAAGACGGCAGGAAAGUCCGCAAGGCUGCCAAGAACGAAAUCAUGAUCCUGAAAUUGGUCAACCACCCAAACAUCCUUCAGCUGAUAGACACAUUCGAGACCCGGAAAGAAUACCUCAUCAUCCAGGAGUUAGCCACAGGAGGAGACGUGUUCGACUGGAUACUGGACCAAGGCAAUUACACAGAGAGAGACGCCUCCAAUGUAAUCAGACAAGUACUGGAGGCUGUGGCGUACUUACACUCCCUCAACAUAGUUCACAGGAACCUGAAGCUGGAAAACCUGAUGUACUACACAGAAAACAACCACCAAAAAGUAGUGCUACGAGAUUUCUACCUGUCCAGGUUUGAGAAUGGGCCCAUCACAGAGCCUUGUGGGACACCAGAAUACCUGGCUCCUGAAGUGGUGGCUCGUCACCGAUAUGGUCGUCCUGUGGACUGCUGGGCUGUGGGUGUAAUUAUGUUCAUACUCCUAUCAGGUAACCCUCCUUUUUAUGAUGAGACGGAGGAGGAGAACACAGAUUUACACAAUCGCAUCAUCUUCUGUCGCAUCGUUGCUGGCGAGUUUGAAUUUGAUUCUCCGUACUGGGAUGACAUUUCACCUGCAGCCAAGGAGCUCGUCUGUAGACUCAUGGAGGUGGACCAGAUGCUGAGAAUCACUGCGCAGGAUGCACUUUGGCAUGAAUGGAUUGCAGGAAACGGUGCAUCAGAGAAGAACCUAAAAGAUGGUGUGUGUGCCCAGUUCGAGAAGAACUUUGCAAAGGCCAAAUGGCGGAAAGCGAUCCGUGUCACCACCUUCAUGCAGCGCUUGAAGAAUUCCGAGGCACUGAAUGACAGUUCAGCCGAGGUUCAGGGCAGUGAGGAGGCAGGAGAUGGUGAGGGGGGUGUGUCCCAGGGGACAAGUGAUGAGGGAGACAAAGGGACAAGUGAUGGAGGGGUGACUUCAAGUAGCGUGUCUUUAGAGGUUACGGUUGAAAGUACACCUCCAGGUAUGGACGAGGAACAGGGGAAGGGUACGUUCGGAGGAAAACAUGAUGAGAGAAAGAUGAGCACAGGCCCAUCUGUGGGAGCUUCCCCGUCAGAUACUCAAGAGCCCCUCUGUCAAUCGAACGCAGUCCCCAAAGUCGCACAGGACCAGCCUGAUAAGGUUGGUGCAAAGAAAGCGCCAGGUGAUGGAACCAGGAAAAUGGCUGCCAAUUUGGGUCAAAAUAAAGUCGCUCCAGAAUCCCCCGUGAUGACACCUGACCCCUCCAAGCCGUCAGGCGGUUCUUCGGGCACUAACCUUGACAAAAGCCACACAGUCGCCUCCCCUGAACCCAGCAGCAAACGAAAGAUGGCUGCAACGCUCCAUGGCCCUCCACCCACAGGCUCUACCGCUGCAACAGCCUUAUCCGAGAAAAAGCCAGCUGUGCAGAGGGAGCAGAAGGAUGAGACUGACGGGAGCUGGUGUCAGACACAAGUACCCGAGGCAGUGGCAGAGAGGUCAGUCGCGGCCUCAGUCACUCCAGCGAUAGGGCCUGGAGCUGGGGUGGAUGUAGGACUAGGAGUUAGGUUAAGGGGUGAUGGCAGCCCUGUAAGUAGUAGCGAUAGGGAUGCCAGGAGAACCGACAGACACAGCGCUGAGUUUAGCCUAGCAAGAGUAGGUCCUGCGCCUGGACAGGGUUGUUACACAGUAGGAAGCUCUGCUAGUUUGGGCCGUCAUGCCACACCAUACAACCCAGACAUUGGGACUUUAGGGAUGGGGAUGGCAGGCAGCUAUGGGAGCCCUUACAGCUCCCUGUAUACAAGUGGAGGAGGUUUAGGGAUGUACGGGACUGGGCUACAGCCUGGAGCAGGCGGAAGCAGUACCACAAGCGAUUGGCAAAUGGACAGUGUGAUUGAGCAGAUAGAGAAGCAAAUGGCCGCCGUGCUGGAGAAGAUUGAGGGAGACAUGCCCUCACUGCUAGAGCAAAUCAGCGACUGCCCGGCUGAACCACCACGUGCCCGAAGCACACACGCUUCACCUGCCACCUCCCGCGCACGCUCCUCACAACACUCCUCAACUGCGACCUCGUCCACUCCACCACCCCUUCCAACCUCUCCCAGGCCUGCACUACCAUCUCUCCCCCGCCUUACUAUCCCUCCUCCCUCCUAUCCCCCACCCUCCCCACCCACACAAUCCCCAUCACAGGCUGCGGGAGAGCAGGAAGACAGGGACGGACAGAGGGAUGCCGCUCAUUCCAGCCAGUCGCCCAGAGCUGGGAUGGGCAGGGGGCUAUGAAGCAGGUGUCCAUGAUGCAAUGCACAACACCCGGAACACUGGAUUUAUAGUUUAACCUUGAGGAUUUAAAGACUCUGAAUCACCCAAAAGUAUCAUCUACUUUCUCCUCAGAACAAAUGUAACCAUGCACUGUUGUUUGGUUUGGACGUGUGUUCAUAUUGAGAAUACUACUGAAGAGAAAUCUCCCUAUGGCAUUCAGAUUCUCUUAUGACAGGACUGUAUAGGGAGAAGUUUACUGUAUCUCCUUGUAUAAGAGCCGCACAAAAGAAAGAUUGCAAAUCUUUUUCCAUCUCAAAUCCAGAUUGUAUGCAUGAAUGCUCACCGCACAAACCUCCUCAUACUGUAAUCCAAGCACUCUGCGCAGUUUGCUAAUCAAGAAUCUACACAAAUAAGACCAUUGUGGUAAAGUUCUCAGCUGUUCCUGAGAGUUGACAUUUGAGGAAGUGUUAUGAUUUGCAUUAUUCCCUACAAACUGUAUACACUUGUAUAUAUACAUACAAAGAACUGGGUUCCUGAUUUUUGCUCUACUCCCAUGUGGUAUACUUCCUCAUAUCCAAACUGACAUGUAUGUUUUCCAAAGCAUUGCAUUAUUUUUCAUUCCUUUUUAUUUGUGUAGCUAUUAGUUCUAUAGUGUGGCUGCAAAAUCAUGAGCUUGCAGUCACACAGCUGUACAGAAGUAUGUGAAACUGAACUGAUCAAGCCUUUCCAUUGGCUGCUGCUGGAGAUUGUUUUAUUAUAUGGUGUAUUUAAACUUGAUAUGUCACCCAAAGUCUUGCUCCACACCUUUUAGAGAGUUUGAGAACAUUCUUUAAAUACAAGACAUUGUAUAAAGGCUUUGCAGUAACACACACACACACACACACACACACACACACACACACACACACACACACACACACACACACACACACA